UAUAAAAAAAAAAAAAAAAAGGAAAAGACUUACCUUGAGCGACGUCGUUUCAUAAAGCUUUGACUUUUGCCCAUUCGGUGCUGACUAAGGAUCUGCCAAUAGAUUGAUGUAUCAAACGGCACAAAUCUAAUGAGCUCGUACUCCUUUAGACAAAUAUAUCUACUUUUCUUCUUAAUUUUCAGACGGAUCAAUUCUGUGGGCAUUUCUUUGAUAUUGGCGUUAUUUUGACAGGGAUUGCAGUGGAUUGGUUUUGUGAUGUUAACAAGACAUGGCUUGAAUCAGCUGAACUCACUAAAUAUCGCAACAAAUUGCAAGGCAGCUUCAUCGGCUGUGUUGAGAAGGCAGCACUUCCUUAUGAGGUCGCUCGGAGUUGGAGGUCAUAGUAAUUACGGCACUGAGAAUAGGAUGGAAGAAACAAAAUCUUUGGGUGGAACCAAUUUGGAGGCUGAUGCUGAGAACAUUUUGAGAGCAAUUACUCCAAUUCUUGACCCAACUAGACAUAAAGGCCAGGCAGGGAAAGUUGCUGUUAUUGGUGGGUGUCGGGAGUACACUGGUGCUCCUUAUUUUGCUGCUAUUUCAGCGUUGAAAAUUGGUGCAGAUUUGUCCCACGUAUUUUGUACCAAAGAUGCUGCUCCAGUAAUCAAAAGUUAUAGUCCUGAGUUGAUUGUUCACCCUAUUUUGGAAGAAUCUUAUAAUGUUGGGUAUUUUUCUUUAUUAUCAUUGGAUAUGUAUCCUUAUUCGUUGUGUUAUAUAGCCAUUGUUGCUGAGCAGAAUGCUGAUUUUUAUGGAGAACCACAUGCUUCUAGGGAUGGGGACAAAAAAUACAUGUCAGAUAAGGUUGUUGCCGAGGUUGAUAAAUGGAUGGAAAGAUUUGAUUGUCUUGUUGUUGGUCCAGGCCUUGGAAGGGACCCAUUUCUUCUGGAUUGUGUCAGUGAAAUUAUGAAGCAAGCAAGGCGGUCAAAUGUUCCAAUUAUUGUAGAUGGUGAUGGGCUCUUUCUUGUAACAAACAGUCUUGAUCUUGUUAGUGGUUAUCCCUUAGCUGUCCUAACCCCAAAUGUGAACGAGUACAAGCGCCUGGUUCAUAAAGUUCUAAAUUGUGAAGUGAAUCAUCAAGAUGCUCACGAGCAACUACUCUCUCUUGCCAAAAGGAUUGGUGGUAUCACCAUCUUACGAAAAGGAAGAUCUGAUCUUAUCAGUGAUGGUGAGAUAGUCAAAUCAGUUAGCGUCUAUGGUUCUCCUAGGCGUUGCGGGGGCCAGGGUGAUAUCCUUUCUGGAAGUGUGGCUGUAUUUGUAUCAUGGGCACGCCAUUGUAUCUCAGGUGCCAAAGGGAAUUUGAGUAUCAGUCCAACAAAUCCUACAGUGUUAGGAUGCAUUGCUGGGUCUGCUUUGUUGAGGAAGGCUGCAUCACUUGCUUUUGAGGGUAGGAAAAGGUCAACUUUAACGGGUGACAUCAUUGACUGCUUGGGAAGGAGUUUGGAGGAUAUUUGUCCCACCUGUUGAUGCUGUUGGUAUUGGCAUAGAUUCUAUGCUCUUCCACAAGUCUGUUGGGUUUUAUAAUUAAACUCUUACAUUAUCCGCAAUCUAUACUGCAGAGGGUAAUUUGAUGGUUUGUCCAUAUGUUAAAUGGCAGUGAUUAUUCAAGCUGAACGCUUUAAUCAAGUUCACGGUCCAGUCUGAACUUUCUUCUCCCUGAUAGCAACUGAAGUCAUCUAUCUGUAAGGAAUAAAACUUGAGUUUCUAUCUAGCCCUUAAAAUUUCUGUAAAAAGUGACAUACAAAAUGAGUGGAGCAGGAAUGUUUUUAUUGCUACUGCAGAUUUCAUGUUUCAACAA